AUGAGAUGAGAUGAGAUGAGAUGAGAUGAGAUGAGAUGAGCUCUCUUACUCAUCAUCCAGCAGAGCAGAGCAUCGCUCCUCCGGAAAAGCUGGAGAAAGGAGCAAUGGAAAAGCACAAUUUAAAACGGGAACUUUCUCUCCGUCUCCGCUGAUUUUCGGUUUCUGGCGAGGCAAGGCAAGACAAGACACCUUAGGCACGGGCAUCAGCCAAUGCAUUUUGCACUGCCCCAUACCGUUUGAAUAAGCUCAUGCCAAUACCCGAACAGACCCCCAAUUGUGGCUCCCCGACAUCAAUUGCAUUUAAGACGACGUCCCCUCCACAGCAGAACAGACCAACUCUUCCCGAUCGAUAGCUAGCCUACAUCUGCCAUUCUAUCUCGUCUCCAUCUGAUCUGAUCUCGACCCUCCGUGCACGAUAUUCUAUCAUAUCUCAACAUCAGCCUUUCCAGAGCCGUGGUGUAGUCGCAACUGAUCUCCCUCAACCUGCAUAGCUCCCCCUGCGACGAUCCAUACCUAGGUUAAAGUCGCUCGCUACCCUUCUCCGACAACCUCAAUUCCAAAUACCUCACAUCCACCCCGCCACGCGCGUACGAAGCCUAUUGUCACCAAUUAUCAAGCAGUAGCAGUCUAGAACAGCCGGUGGACAAUUCCUGGCUCCCAUAUCUCUGGAGAUCGCUCUCCAGGGCGCUGCUGAUAGCAAUCUUACGUCUCCAAACCUUGCGACCAUGUCGUCCGCGUCCCCAGCCGAUCAAUACGGCAAUAAAUCUGUAGGUGGGAGUGGAUAUGGCAGCGGCCAGUCGGACAGCAGCAAGAGCCCGCUUUCCAUGAGCCUGGGAUUUUUGAAGAAUUUAACGGAAAAGAAGAGUACGAGAGUCGACGGCCAGCCACCGAAGAGGAGAGGACCAAAGCCGGAUAGCAAGCCUGCAUUGACGAGGAGGCAAGAAUUGAACAGACAGGCGCAACGAACGCACAGGGAAAGAAAAGAACUAUAUAUCAAGGCCCUGGAGCAAGAAGUCCUGCGCCUCAAGGAGAAUUUCAGUAUGGUAUCCCGCGACAAGGAUACACUUGCAGAGGAGAAUCGACAACUCAAAAAAAUCCUCGCCCAACACGGCAUACCAUGGAAUGGGACAGGUGGUGUUGAUGAGCUUGCAAACAAUACUAGCGUUGGAUAUACUUCCAGCGGAAGCAUCUCCGGCAGCUACGCUCCAGGGUCACAAUCAUACAGCCCACCACCCCCAACCAAUUCGAAUCCCAACUUUCAGAACGGUGCAUCAGGUACAGGCAUGAACGGUCGGAGUAUGGCCCAACAACAGGUCCAGCAGGGGGUGGAUUAUGACCAGGCAGGCAUUGACUUCGUGUUAACGCUCGAGAGACCGUGUAUGGACCACAUCCAGUUCCUCAUCGAGCGAGCGAGUGAUCCCGAAGGCGAAUUUUGCGGCCACGCCUUGAUGGCUUCGUGCCCUCCUGAACCGUAUCCCGAAAGUAAGCCCGAGAUGCCAUUCGGUCACGGGCCUACGAACAUCAAUGGCGAUGCCCAGAAGACAUGGGAUCUGUCGAAACCAGAUCUGGCGAACUUGCUGGACCUUAGUAAACGGCUGAAUCUAGACGGGGAGAUCACGCCUGUUAUGGCUUGGGGAAUGGUACUUGGCCAUCCCAGGUUCACAGAAAUGUCUACCACCGACUUCCAAAACGUGUGCCUGGAGCUUAGGGGAAAAGUCAGGUGUUACGGGUUUGGCGCAGUAUUGGAAGAAUUCGAGGUUCGAGAUGCUUUGGAAAGUGUGCUUUAUACUAAGCCGGACAUGGUGUUCUAGGGCUAAGAAAAGUUUUCGAUUUUCGUAUAGCUAAUAUCAGGCGUAUGGUUUGAUACCUGGUGGGUUGGGAAUGUGAUGAAGGGUUUCAUGAGCAAUUUGUAAUGAAUUUAAUCUGUGUUGAUAGCCGGAUAAGGUAAAAAAGCGUGGAAGACAAUUCUGGAAAUUAGAUUUCUAUCUUGUUACUUCGUUCCCGGCUCCAAACAACCUCUUACCUACUCUGCUAUAUGCGUAAGAUUGACAGGCGAGCCUGUUAUUGAAAUUAGAGAACGAUUGAUUCGAAACGUCCCGAAAUUGAAAUUUAAUUGUACUAAACCAAGAAAUGCUAGAACCCAAAAAUUAAAGGCCUCUGAC